UGCUCGGGCUGUUGGGCUGCAUCACGCUGACUUACAGCCAUUCCCAUCCCUGUUGUAACGCAGGAGGACAAAGAGGCCGUCUUUGAUGUUGUGGACACCCUGAAUGCUGUGCUCCAGGUUGCCACUGGAGUGAUUUCUACCCUCCAGAUCAACAAGGAGAACAUGGAGAAGGCGCUGAGCCCCGAGAUGCUGUCUACUGAUCUAGCUCUGUACUUGGUUCAUAAAGGAAUGCCCUUCAGACAAGCCCACAUUGCCUCUGGGAAGGCCGUCCACCUCGCCGAGUCCAAAGGCAUGACCAUCAAUAAUCUCAGCCUAGAUGACCUCAAGAGCAUCAGCCCCCUGUUUGGCAGCGACGUCUCCCAGGUCUUCAACGUUGUCAACAGUGUGGAGCAGUACACGGCCAUGGGUGGUACGGCCAAGAGCAGCGUGACCACCCAGAUCGAGCAGCUCAGGGAGCUGCUCAAGAGGCACAAGGAGCAAGCUUAGAGUGUGGGGAGAUGUCCCGUGGAUGCAGCGUUGUGCCGAUCACACUAAUGUAGAGUUAAUAAACACUGGGUGUAUGUAGUUCACUGAAA